GUUGUUGCAAAAUAUGAACAAAGUCGAAACCGAAAGUUAGAUGUCGUCAAAAUGGCGACGGCCUGAUACUUUUUAGCUUUUAAUUUGUAUUUACUGUUCGCUGGAUAGCAUUAACUAUUAAUUCCCGUAGCGUUAGCACGGUGACGUCAAUUUUUCGAUGUAAUAUUAAUGCGAUAGAUACUUUGGGCUCUUGUACAGCUGUGGUGUGUGAGUCUAUUUCUGCUAGACAUGGACCCGGACGCUGAAGUUGAAGGCUUUUUCAUGCGAGUAAAUGAGGAGGAAGAGGAUGAUGAUGAGGAGAAGAAGAAGAAGCGGAUGAGGCCUCCCUCCAGCUAUGGCUCCAUGAGGAGUGAUAGCGAUGAAGUGGAUGAGAAUGAGGAGGAGGCGGAUGAAAACGAAGUGGCAGUCAUGGCCUGCUCUUUGUUUCCAGUGGUACAAACUGAAUUGACUGCUCACGAGGAGACUGGGUUGCAGAUGGUUCGCUCAGACUCUCCAGAGACACAUUACACCAUGACCACACAGCAGACCAAACCACCGGAUGCUUUUGUCAUUGACACCAGGUCAUCUGAUUUAGAGGAUUGUCCAGAAGAAGAUGUGGAUGAUAUGAAUGAAGUUUUGAUAACUCAUUCCCCAGAACCACCUGAGCCUGUUGAAAUGGAUGAGAUGAUGCACAUCGAUGAGAAUGGCCAGCCAGGAAGACUGCACCCAGAACUGGACCUGGGCCAUAUAUUCAGGAGUAUUCAGGAUAUCGUGUCAGGCCUCACCAAGGAAGAGCUAUUCAAAUUUAAGAUGUGGUUUUACCAAUGGGAAUCUGAGAUAACCCUGCAACAGGUGAUGGAGGGAGACAUUCUUGAUUUUGUGGACAGGAUCUUGGAGAUCCUUGGUCAGGAUCGUUCUCUGUUGCAUACAAUAAGUACCCUAGAAAAUGUAAACAAGAAACCAGAGGCAGACGAACUACGGAAACAGUGCAAAAGAGCGUUGAUCCGGUACUAUCUGAAGCAGUAUGUGAUCAGAAAACACGAGGUCAUCCGUGAGGGGGUCGUUCGAGCUGGAAGGCAUAAUCUUCUAGACAACAUCUAUGUAGAGCCUCAAAUUUCCACCUGUGGUUAUGGAGGAGUCGACCCAUCCCACGAGCUCCGAGCCCACCCUCCGUCACCUCUUCAACUCCCCAGUGCGGACACCUUUGUUGGCCUGAACAAUCUGUUCCGACUGCAGAAGGAUGACGGCCAGCCGGUGAGGACGGUACUGACCACUGGGCUUCCAGGAAUUGGCAUGUCUGUCUGUGUGGGGAAAUUCUGCCUGGAUUGGGCCGAACUGCGUGCCAAUAGGGAUCUGCAAUUUGUCAUCACACUUUCAUUCCGAACCUUCUGGUCUCUGCGAAACAAAGAACAUCUUGGUUCACAGAAGAUGUCCAUCAUGGAAGUGAUAGAAUAUUAUCAUUCUGAGUGCAAAGGCAUGAAGUACCUGGAGGAAGAGGACUGCAAAUUUCUCAUCAUAAUGGACUCAUUUGACUGUUACCAAGCUCCUCUAGACUGGGAGAAUGCUCCAGUAAUAAAUGACAAUUACACGCAAGCACAUCCUGAUGUCCUAAUUGUGAAUAUCAUCCGAGGCACUGUGCUUCGUGGUGCCCGCAUCUGGAUCCUGGGGAGACGGGCGGCUGUCUCACAAAUACCAUCUGGCUUCAUAGACGUUGUCACAGAAAUACAGGGCUUCAGUGAUGAGAUGAAAGACGACUACCUAACCAAACGCCAUAGCAACGCAGAGUUAGCAGCGAAGAUCGUGGCACAUUAUAAGCGCCUUCCCUCACUCAAUAUACUCGCUCGCCAGCCCUUUGUCUGCUGGAUGGUUGCCACAGUGUUUGAGCGCUGCUAUCGUUAUCAGGGCUAUGGAGUGCACCCCCCCAGGCUGACACCGUUCUACGUCAGCAUUUUGAUUAUCCAGACCAAUCGCAGACUUCAAUUCUACUGCGGAAAGGAUGAGAACGAGCUGAAAUGGUCGAAUGAUGACAAGCAGCUGCUGACAAUGAUGGGGAAGAUGGCCUUUAAGAUGCUGGAGAGGAAUACCAGUGUGUUCUCUGAAGGGGACAUGAAGGAGUGUGGUCUGAAGCUGAGAGAGGUGACGGUGUUCUCCGGCCUGUGCACCGAGCUCCCCACUGCAGCCCCAGAUGGGAGCAGGACAUUCUGCUUUAUACACUAUACGUUUCAGGAGUUCAUGGCCGCUCUGUACGUUUUCACAAUGUUUCGCUCAGAGUUGAAGAAUGUUCUGUCCUCCGGGGGCUUGCACAAACCCAAGAUCUUCGCAUCCAAAGAUCAGACCAAAUCAGCAGCAGGCCUGGUCCACUGUGCCGUGGAGCGAACCCUCACCUCCCCGCUGGGCCACUAUGACAUGUUCCUGCGCUUUUUGUGCGGCAUGCUUUCCUCGGACUGCCACGACAAUCAGCUGAGCGGGUAUCUUUAUCGCCACAACUCGCCAAAGGUGAGUGGACUGGACGAGGCGCAGCAGCUGCUGGAGCAGACGAUACGGGCUGCUCAAGAAAACAAUAGAGACCGAGUGGAAAACCUGAAGGAGUGCCUCAGAGAAAUGACCCAGGAAGAUGAGUGAGUGGAGAGUUUAGACUGAGUCAUGAAAAUAUGCAAUACUAAAUCGUGUCUACGAUGUCUUAAGAUGUGCACUUAAUGGGUUUACUUAAUUCAGUUGUCAUCUUGUGUUAAAUGUGUGGAUUUUUUUUUUUAAUAUUCUCAACAAAGUACACCGGAGUAAUGGAGGUGGAAAUGAACUGUACAGAGAUUUGUGAAAUGUAAACUAAGCAGCAAAGAUCAGAAGAUGUGAUAGGACUGAAUUUCAUAGUAAAAUUUCAGUGUAGACCUUGCACUGUUUUACAGUAUGGAACAGAUACGCCUAUUCAAAUAUGUGCAAGUGAAGCCAUAAAACACACACCACUUCACUGCUAUUUAGAAUGAGAAGCAGCAACGUGCAAGGCCAUAAAGAUGAGCACUCACAUUGCAGUUUAUUGGAAGUGAUAGAUGGUUUUUGCAUUCUGACCUCUCAUUUUUAGUUUUCGUGUUAUGAUAAUCAGUUAUCUGACUCUGUUUCAUUAAGUGUGUAUGGGAUCAUAUACGAGGGCCCAGAAGGUUCUCAAGGCUGAAGUUGAGAUGGAAGCUGAACAUCUGGUAAUCAUCAGUCCUGCCUUUCAAUUUAAGGUUUUGUUAUUGCAAAACUGGCUGAUUGUGUUUGGUGUAGUGCCUGUAGGGUGUCUCACUGAAACACACACACACACACACACUACUGUCAGUCCAACAGAUACAUCAACACUUGCCACAUCUUAUGUGGGUUUAGGCAAGAUGCCAGUUUUUCUGUGAAAUAAAAGUUUAGAAAAGGCAUCUGUGUGAAAAUUAAUGUUAAAGGUGAAAGGUAUAUUUAUAAGUAGGUCCGGCUUUAAAUCAUGUUGCUUGUUUUUGCUCGUUGUUGCAGUAGAGCAAUGAUGAGGUCAGACACUAAUGUAGGACGAAAAGUUCUGGCUUGCAAUCUCCUUUCGAGUUCAUCCCGUCGGAGUUCGAUGGAGUGUUCGAUGUUAAAGCGUUCAAAUUUCCUCACCCAACCACUGGAAAAACGCCUCAUAAAUAGGUGUGUCUGGAUACUUUUGUCUAUGUAGUGUGUGUUAGUGUUUUGGUUUGCCUUUGUGUUGUUUUCUCCCACUUAAUGUUCAGGAAAAAUCAACCCAUAUUGCACUUAGUUGCUGUUUAUGACCUUGGAAGGACAGGUCAUAACAGCCAACAUAACAGUCAAACAGCAACUAACUGUUGUUGUUUCUGGUUGUUUGAUGUUGUUGUUAUUUGGAAGCCUGACAUCGAGAAAUGUUUCUUUAGUCAUUUAAGAUGUAAGUAAUAUUUGGAACAUGCAAGUUAUGCACAUUGAAAAUAAAAAUU